AGACGGCUACUACCUGUUAGGUACCCCAGCCUGCUGUUAGCAGGCGGACGAACAGGCGAGUGGCAUUAUUUGCAAGACGUUUUGCACUCAUCAGUCUGUAUUCAUCUGAUAAUACUGUUUCGGGAUUCUUCCUUGACAUCGAGUUGCCGUUUUGUUCGAGACAGUCCAAGAUAAAUCUUUACCUAAAGCUUAAACCCCUAGUUAGCUACAAAUCUGCAGUAGACGGUGAUGGUUGUAUUUGUCGUGAGGAAGAAAUAGUUUCAGACUAAAACACAGUUAGUGUUGGAAACAGUGUUUAGACCAAUCAAUUCUGGAGCGAGGAGCAGAGUGGGUAUAAAUCUGAGGUGGUUGCCGUAGAGACGUCUGCCACUGAAGAGUUGAACGCAACAGCCUGUGAUAUCUCGUAAGGAAAACGUGUGAUGAGCUCGAAGUUGCAGCAAAGCAUACUCCAGCCGGUUUCCCCCUUCAUGACCUUUGAAGCAUACAAUGUCUGACGUGAAAGUCACUGUGGGUGGAAAUCCGCCUCCCCCAGAGGUCAUAAAUCCCACGAGGCCUGGACGUGUGACCAAUCAGCUACAGUAUCUGGAGAACGUGGUGAUCAAAGCUUUAUUAAGCCAUCAGUAUUCGUGGCCUUUUCUUCAGCCAGUUGAUGCAGUGGCACUGCAUCUCCCAGACUAUUAUACAAUUAUCACAAAUCCUAUGGAUCUGGGCACUAUUAAGAAGCGUCUUCAGAACAAAUAUUACUGGCAAGCAACUGAAUGUAUACAAGACGUCAACACUAUGUUCACCAACUGCUAUGUGUACAAUCGGCCUGGAGAUGACAUUGUUUUUAUGGCACAGGCCCUCGAAAAGGUUUUUUCGCAGAAAUUGUUAAAAAUGCCUAAGGAAGAGUCCAUCACAGCAGUCACUACAAAGGAACCAGUGAAAGGGAAAAAGACAAAUGCAGGUGCAUUCAAGCAGCAACCCCUCAUGUCAGAAGUUGUUCUGCAGCAGACAGUGACAGUCAUUCCUCUUGCUGCGCCUCCAUUCAACCCACCUCUCCAGCUCUCUGUACAAUCUGAUGCAGCAAUUAAAAUGGCUUUUAAGAGGAAAGCAGACACAGCAAACCACACCACCAACAGUGAGGCUUCACCUACUGAGCAGCAUUCAGCACCUUGUACAUUGUUGGCCCGUAGAGGCAGUGGAAGGCCCAUCAAACCUCCUAAGAAAGACUUGCCUGUCUUUGAGGGCAACCGAGCCAGACUGUCUGAGCAGCUCAAGUUCUGCAAUGAUAUCCUGAAGGAGAUGCUCUCAAAGAGGCACUAUGCAUAUGCGUGGCCCUUUUAUACACCAGUUGAUGCGGUUACUUUGGGCUUGCACGACUACCAUGACAUCAUAAAACAACCUAUGGACCUGAGCACCAUCAAGAAAAAAAUUAAUUACGGAGAGUAUAUAAAUGCAAAAGAAUUUGCUGCUGAUGUCCGACUGAUGUUCUCCAACUGUUACAAAUACAAUCCACCUUCAAAUGAAGUGGUUUACAUGGCAAGAAAGUUGCAGGAAGUUUUUGAGGCCCGUUUUCUGAAGGUUCCCCAAGAAUUGGAGGGUUGUUCGGUAUCUCAUCAGCUCGUUGACAAGGGAAAAGGAAGCAGAGUUGGAAGUCUGUCAACCUCAGAAAGUUCUGGCAGUGAAAGCUCCUCAGAGGCAGAGAGUCCAUCAGAGGAGGUGGCCAUGCAGCUAGCCAAUCUAGAGGAGCGGUUGAAAGUUAUGAGUGAUCAGCUGAAGAGACUUAGCCAAGAGCCUCUGAUGAAACCAAAGAGGAGAGAGAAGUUGAAAAAGGAAAAACGAUUGAAAGAAAAGGAUAUUGCACGACUGAAGCGUAAAUCCUCGAAAUACAAAUCUAUUGUAGAAAAAAUUGCAAACAGCAAGAGCUCCUCUUUGAAUGGCAAUGGCGAUAGGUAUAAUUGUGGAGAACCCAUACCUUGUGAGGAGAAGGUGCCACCAUUUUCUUACCAGGAGAAGAAGCAGUUGAAGCUGGACAUCCACAAGCUGCCUGGGGACAAACUGGGCAAGUUGGUGGACAUCAUUCACGCCAGAGAAUCUUAUCUGCGAUACUCCACUCUUGAGGAGAUUGAGGUUGACUUUGGAGUGCUCAAGUCUUCCACACUGAGAGCCCUGCAGAGGUUUGUUGCAGUGUGUCUGAAGAAAUACAACAAGAGCGAAACAAAAACAAAACUGGAACCCACAGGAGGAAUGCAGACUGGGAAUCUAAAGGAUCAUAGGAAAACUCCGUCUGUAAGCAAAGAACAGCACGUAAUUAGGAAUAAAAAGCCAUUAGUGGCCUCUCCUGACCUCAGCUGCCUAUCACGCCCCAGCGAUAGCAGCAGCAGCUUCUCAUCCUGCAGCUCUGGCAGCAGCACCACCACCACCACCACCACCACCACCAGCAGCAGCAGCAGUAGUAGUUGUAGUCAUACUAGCACUUCUGAUAGCAGUGCCUCUGAAUCAGUGCCAAAAACUAAGAAGCGGAAAUCUAAAUCCAAAGAUGCUUGCCAAAAGACUAAUAAAAAGGCAAACAUGGCACAUGCUGCAGUUAAAAAGCAGAUGUCAGCAAACAAAGAUUUGACAAACUGCUCCGUCAAGAUUUGUCGGCCUCCUCCUCCUAUUCAGUCUUUGGUAGCAGAGAACAAUGACCAACCAACACACUGCAAUGCAGACCAGACCUGUGAUGAGCCGACUUUAUCACCUCCAGAUUUGUCUGCCCUUUUAUCUCCCAUGGCAUCUCCUGGAAUCUCACCGGAUUGGGCUGCUGCCAGAUUUGAGCAGUGUCCAGUGCUGUCCCCUCUCAAAGACAGUCCACUGCUGUCCAAAGAUGAGCCAAAGCCCAAUUUCAGAGGCCCUGAGGAUUUAACUGACAGUCAAGUCACCAAUGUGCCUUCCACCUGUACUGCUGAAGAGGAAAAACCACAAAUUCCCAAAAAGGACAUCGUGCUGAAAAACGUAGAGUCUUGGGCGAGACUGGUGAGGCAGUCAGUCACCCCAGCUGCAAUCAAGUCUUCAAAAGAGAGCUUCCAGCAGUUCUGUAAGGCUGCCAUAAAAAAGGAAGAACGUGAAAAGGCACUGAAGAAGAGACCAACGGAUGAGAACAAGGAGAGGGAGACUCCUGAAAAGAGCAGCCAACCCAGCCUGUAUAAAGUAGAACAAAAUCUGCAGCCCGUUAAAGAAGAUCCUGAGGGGGUUUGCACAGAAGCUGCCUCUGAUGCUCCCAAACAUAUCGAACAGCAAAAGUCUCCAAAUGAAAAUCAACCUCCAACCACACAGUUCCCUGUGGACAGGGAAAGAGAGAUGGCCCGCAAAAGGGAGCAAGAACGUCGCAGGCGAGAGGCUAUGUGUGGUAUUGACAUGACUAUGCAGCGGGACAUCAUGACUACGUUUGAGCUUAACCUGGACUAAAAGUCAACUGAGAUGUAUCAGGACAGUGACUCCUGCUUGACAUCUCUAUGAACAGCCUGAGCUGUUCUGAGCACAAAACAACCUUAUGUUUGCUCUACAACAAAACAAUACAAUGAAUGUUUAAUUGUGAGGGGGAAAAAAGCAGUAAAUAAAAUACGAAUUACCAUUUGAUAAAUGUUUGCACUAUUGCACUCUUGAAUUUGGAAUGAUUGGGGUGAAGCACUAUCAUAAAAACAAACCUGAAUGUAAUAUUUCCUUCUUGUAUUUCUGCACUUUUCGAAUGUGGAUGCGUUCUUUCACAGUUGAUAGUUCCGUACGAGAAGCUAAUUCAUGCAUCCACCCACUGCAGUUACAAUGUCACCGUGUUGUCUUGAAAUGUGCAGUGUUCAGUUCUUGUCUUCAUGCUAUUCCAUUCAGUGAAUCGUUACCACCAUGUUUCAGUUAAUCUUUUCUCAAAAAUACACUAAAUAUAGACACAGCACUGGUUUACAUGCCAAUGUUAGAUACGUGCAUCCUUUUUUCUUUGGAAAACAUUCUUUCAUAAAAGAAACCUUUGAACAAAGGUGAGUGGGUCAUUUCGGAAGUUUCCAGAGUGGGAUUGACCUCAGUUACUUAUUUGCUUGACUACUUGAAAAUUCAUUGUGUUUCUGCACAUGCACUGACUUCUGCACUUUGUUGUUCAUGCAGUUCUUGCUGUUCCAAAGUUGUUUUGGGGCAUUAUCAGCAUAUUCUGUAUGUUACGGUCUGUAUAAGUUAAAAUGAAUAAGAAUUUCUUUCUUUUUUCUUUUUUUUUUUAACUCAAGAUAAUAAAGGUAUUUUCA